AUGCUGACUCAACGCCGUAUCGGGACUGUCAUUUUGGUCAUCUUCAUUUACGCAGUAUUUGUGGGUAUGUUCAUCCCUAUUGCCACGCCAAUGGGCUUCAAAGGAAACAUUUCUGAUGUGGCCAACGGUUGUAGAAUUAGCUCAGUUAUUCCAAAUCGCCGCUACGUCUCUUUCGUGUUUGCCAACUUGCUUUUGCCUAUUCCCGUCAUGAUCAUUAUAUACAUUCGCAUCUUUCAGGUUGUGCGUCGCCAUAUUCGUGCUGUUGCUGAUCUUACCGUAAUCCGACCCCAAUGCGAAUCGGGUGAUCCCUCUGUAGCCGGAGCUGCCGCCGAGAAGAAUCGCCGAAUGUGGAAACGCGAGGUCAAGUCUGCUGUGCUCCUCUUCGUCAUCGUCAUCAGCUUCGCCAUCUGCUGGUUACCUUUUGUGGUAUUCAUCCUCAAUCGAUCCUUCAAUAGUUUUGUAAGUCCAUUGGCCUAUGGUUUUAUACAUGCAGCUGUCUUCAGCACUGUAGCCAUUAAUCCGUUCGUCUACGGUUUUGGCAACAAGACGUAUCGACAGGCAAUAUGUUCCGUUUUCUGUGGCCCAUUGAUGAAAAUGUUCAAUCUUGAUAGUCCGGUGAAUGUGAACAUAUAG